AUGAAGAAACAGAUCUGCCACUUCCACAGUAUCUGCAUUCCUCAAACGUCAGAGGAUCUGGAUCACCCUGCAGAUGUCGAAUCGCAAGAACGGUUAAACCUGGUCGACCAAUAUCACUCUGAGCUGCUAAAGAUCAGCCCCAGGGAGACUUGGUCUGGCGAUGCUCACCUGAAAUCCGUACCAUAUCCAAUUCUCGGUACGGAAAUCCACCAACGACAAUUGUCGACACUGAGUGAUGCCUUGGUUUUGGCCAUCACCGAUAUCGUCGAGCGAUGGUGGACCGACCCCGCGGCUCGCUUUCCAGAGCGAAUGCCUAUUGAACCGGUGGAGGAGGAACUGCUCAGAUGGAUGCACCAUCAAGAGCCUAACAUACUACGCCCAUUUAAAUCCUGUAGUGGAUCCUGGCGACCGGAUUUCCUGCUUGAAUCAUCACCAGAAGGGCCGGAAGAGACGGAAAACUAUCGGAUCUGUGAGAUCAAUGCUCGAUUUUGCUGGAAUGGUUUCCUCUAUACUGCCUUCGGGCAGCAAGCAUUGCUGAAUAUGAACAUCGAAAGUUUUGGGCUUAGGGGUGCUACAGACCCACAGACGGUUAUAAGUGGACUUCAAGGUCUCUACAAUGCUCAGCUCCCCUUGCAUCUGGUUAAAGGAGAAGAGUAUGGGUAUGACAUCCAUAUGUUCGUUUCACUUGCACAACGUGUGUUGGGCAUUCGCCCAAGAGUUAUUCACCCGCAUAGUUUGAGGCUUAUGCCUGCUGCGUCUCCAGGAGGAUACAAGCUAUAUUGCGUAGCAGAGGCUGGUUCCAAACAAUCUGAAGUGACUAACGAAGCCGGUGAAAUCCUGGAAGAGAUUUACCAGCUGGGGCUGGAACUGCACCAGCGAGAGCUCCUUGCUAUGAGCUUUGAAAUGCUUCAGCAGAUUAGCCUAAGAUGCUUCAACGACAUGAGAACAGUGCUUCUUGUUCACGAUAAACGUAUGCUUGGCUUGGUUCAGGAAGAACUUUCCUCCCUAGUCACGCGUAACGUGCUCACACCGCAUGAAGCCGAUGCCCUGGAUCGAGGAAUUGUGCCAACCAUCAUUCCAGGAUCGGAGAAACUGGAGCGUUUCAUCUCGCAGUGCCAGGAAACAGAGUCACUCAAAGACCAGUACAUUUUAAAACCAGUACGCAGUGGGAAAGGAGUCGGGAUUCUUUUUGGUGACCAACUCACACAUGAAGAAUGGAUGUCUGCUCUGCAUCAUAUGCAAUGCCCUCGGCUGAUUCCCAGCAGAACAACCUAUGUUGUGCAAAAGCGGGUCGAACAGCGAAGGUACGAUGUUCUAUUUGAGGAGAACGAUGGGGUUCAGAGCUUUCCUCUUGUUGGGACCUUUCAUAUCGUGCAUGGAAGCUUCUUGGGUCUAGGGCUCUGGCGCAGCGGUCCCGGUCGUAUUUGCGCUUUGAGCCGUGGAGGAGCCUGGAUGUGUUCAGUGAUGAAAAAGGACUGA